CAGAAGAGCCGGGCAUGUCCAAACACAUCUCGAGCAGACCAGCCACACGCACCACUGCGAGCUGUCAUCGCGCUCUGUCUCAGCAGCACAUGGAGUGAGAGGUGCUCCACAGAAAGAUCUGAAUGGCUUCACCCAAAAAAAACGCGCCUCUCUGCUGAAGAAGACGCGCGUAAAAAGACCCGGUCUCUGCGUGGACAUGUCUUUCCCGGUGAAGGUGCUGAAAGACGGGCUGCUGGAGAAGCGCAGCAGCGGACUCCUCCAGCUGUGGAAGAAGAAGCGCUGCGUGCUGACGGAGGAGGAGGGACUGCGCCUUCACGACUGCAAAGGAGGGGAUGCUCCGAGCCCGGCGUGGAGCUCCAAAGCCAAGGAGCUCCUCUUCGAGCGCAUGAGCAAGGUGGACUGCGUAGAGUACAAGCGCGGGGUCGAGUACUUCACCGUGGUGAUGGCGAGCGGGCAGGAGAUCGACUUCCGGUGUCCGCAGGACCGCAGCGGCGGGUCGUGGAACACGGACAUCUCCAUGGCUCUGAUGCGCUUCAAGAACAAACAAGCCAUGCAGGCGAGCCGGAAGAGGCACCUGCACACGGCACACCUGGGCAGCACCGGGGAGGAUGAGGAGCUCUAAAACUCCACACUUUUUUUCCCCAUGAGUGUGAGCCAGUGUGAGGUAAAGGGGCUUGUUUCUGUGCUGCUCAGCGUCACGGUAUAGGAAAGACAACCCACUGGUGAAUAUGGAUCRAAGGAGAACAAUGAUUACAGGCACUCCUGUUAUACAUAUCAUAUGAAGAUUAGGAAUCUAAAAGAAACUGCUGCAUUUUUUCUGUCAUCGCCCGACAUCAUUGUGGAGACUCCAGCGAGGAACACAAAUACCUUUUAAUGAGAAACCGUUGAUCGUGAAAACACUUAAUCUUCCGUGCCUUGUUUCGAACCUACCCCCUACUUAUGAAACGAUUUGGAAAAAAAAGGUCACGCUUUUGAUGAAAUGACUUGUUUUGAAAGCUUUUGUUACAGACUGAACAGAUCUGAAGUCGCAAAUGAAGAAUAGGAGUUUUUGUCCAAAACUGUUGCGAUUUAAAAUAAAAUGUAUUUUCUGAAACCACGUACAGUAUUACUAUUGUAAAAGAAUUAAAAGGUUUAAAAGAGCA